AUGCCGCUCGGCGUGGAGGUGGCCUUGCGGGGCGUCUUCAACCGUGCUCGUCGCGGCCUGUACGCUGGGAAGCAAAUCCGUUCUGGAAACAACAUUAGUGAAGACGGCAAGAACAAGACCCGUCGCUUCUGGAGACCAAACUCCCAGUAUGUAAAUCUGUAUAGUCCCGCGUUGGAGAGAUCCGUGCGCGUCCGAGUGACUGCGAGUGCCCUUCGCACGAUCGACAAGUAUGGAGGCCUUGAUGGCUACCUCCUGAAUCACGCCGAGGAGGAGCUCGACUCUGACCUUGGUGCUCGCCUGCAGCAGGAAAUUCGCACCGCCCUCCAGCGGAAACGGGCCUUGCAACAACAGCGCUCCCUCCUUCCUCCCUCAGCUGCAGCGGCCCUGGCCAGC